AACAUUUGAUCUAAACACACACACACACACCAGAGAGACAAACUGAUGUGUGCCUCCUCUAUAUGAUACACCUCACCUUAGCAACAUAUUCAUUUCCAGACAAAAACAACUGUCAGAAUUCAACUUCUAUAUUCACAGAUGUCCCACUUGCAUGGACCCACAAUGAAGUGCUUAUUUUGGCUGCUGUUUCUUGCAGGUUCCAUAUUUUGCCAUUACCCACUGCGGAUAAACCCUAAUUCACUGGUUGCCUGGAAAGGAUCUUGUGUGUUGAUUCCAUGCCAGAUCACUGAAACACACAAUUCUGCUGUAGUCAGAGCCACUGGCAUAGUUUGGUUUUUUGAGCCUUUUUGGGAUAACAGUCUGCUUGACUAUAAUGGUAACCUGUUGUAUGACACCUCCAAAACUGUGGAAGACAAUGUGAUUGCAGUAAGUCCUGCCUUUCAGGGCCGGGUGAGGUUCAUAGGUGAUUUAGGUAAGAGAGAUUGCAGCCUGAUGAUCACUCAGCUCCGGACAAAUGACAGUGGCAGGUACGGGGCAAGAGUUGUUGCUUCUGUUGGAAAAGACCGUUGGAGGCAUAAGUGGUUUCUUCGUGCUACGGUCAAUGUUACAGAGUCACCUCCAGAACCCAAGAUGGAAAUCCUCACACAAGGAAGGACAGUGCAAGUGACCUGCUCAGUGUCGUACCAUUGCCCUCAUGAGCCAAUAACUUUGACUCUCCUUGGCUUAGAGAAGCCUCGUUUGUCUUCACAAAAAAUGACCAUUGAAAACGGCAUGAUCCAGACAACCAUGAGUUUUGAACCAACUUGGGAGGAGGCUGGAGAAGACCUAGUGUGUUUGAUGAGCCAGCAGGAUGGGUCAGAUAUAUCACUGAGGACUGUGCAGCUUCACAUGAAACAUCGCCCCAAGGAUGUUGAGCUUACAAUUUUAAAUGGUCUGCCCAUUAAAGAAGGUGACACAGUCGUGCUGAACUGCUCUGCAGGCAGAAGUAACCCCAGUGAUAACUGGUACAAUUGGUUUAAGAUAGAUCCCCAUACAGUUGAAUAUAAGUAUAGUGGUUCAAAGCUAUUGACCUUCUCUGCGGUAUCUGAAGCUAUCAUAUCUUAUCAAUGUGAAGUAUGCAACAUCAUUGACUGUACUUCAUCUCCAACAGUCACUAUGGAUGUACAUUUUGCCCCCAAAGAAGUAAACAUUCAGAAAGAACCGGAAGGAACCAUCCCUGAAGGGAGCCCUGUUAAGCUGAGCUGUGAUGUGGGAAAGGCAAAACCCCAGAAUCUCAGCUACACAUGGUACAAAGAUGGGCAACGGUUGGACCUGGACCUGGACUCUGCGUCUGAAAAGCUGAUCAUCCCAGAAGUUGUUGCAGCUCACUCUGGCAGCUACUGGUGUGAAGCCAGCAAUACUGUGGGCACAUCACGCUCCCCAAUAGUCAAGCUCCAUGUUAUUGGUUUCCUGCAUGAUGAAAGCACACUGAGCAUAAACCCUAAUUCCUUGGUUGCCUGGAAAGGAUCCUGUGUGUUGAUUCCAUGCCACAUUAGUAACAUGCUUAAUUCUGCUACCGUCAAUGUCAUUGCUGUGGCAUGGUACUUUGAGCCUUUUUGGGAUUACAAUUGGCAUGAUUAUAAUGGUAGCCUGUUAUAUGACAGCUCCAAAACCACAGAAGACAAUGUGAUCGCAACAAGUCCUGCAUUUCAGAGUCGGGUGAGCUUUGAGGGUGAUUUAGGCAAUAAAGAUUGCAGCUUGAUGAUCACUCAGCUCCAGACAAAGGACAGUGGAAGGUAUGGGGUAAGAGUCAUUGCUUCUGUUGGAAACUACCCUUGGCGGUUCAAGUGGUUUCUUAGUGGUACGGUCAAUGUUACAGAGUCACCUCCAAAACCCAAGCUGGAAACCAUCCCCGUGCAAAUCAAAGAACAGAGGAUAACAAAAGUGACCUGCCUGGUGCCUUACCAUUGUCCUAAUGUGCUCAUACUAUUGACUCUCAGAGGCUUAGAGACACAUCGCUUGUCUUCACAAGAAAACAUGAUUGAAAAUAGAACCAUCUGGACGAGGAAGACAUUUGAACCGACUUGGGAGGACAAUGGAAAAAUGCUGGUCUGCUUGCUGAGCAAUCUGGAAGGGUCAGAAAUAUCCCAGACAACCAUGAAGCUGGACGUAAGAAAAAGAGACACUGUUCCAGAUCGUCCCAAGGAUGUCAAGCUUGCAAUUUUAAAUGAACUGCCCAUUAAAGAAGGUGACACCGUCAUGCUGAAUUGCUCUGCUGGCAGAAGUGAUCCCACUGAAAAUUGGUACAACUGGUUUAAGAUAGAUCCCCAUACAGUUGAAUAUAAGUAUAGUGGUUCAAAGCUAUUGACCUUCUCUGCGGUAUCUGAACCUAUUACAUCUUAUGAAUGUGAAGUAUGCAACAAUGUUGGCUGUAAUUCAUCUCCAACAGUCACUGUGGAUGUACAUUUUGCCCCCAAGGAGGUACUCAUUUGGAAAAAGCCCAAAGGGGUGAUCCAUGAGAAUAGCCAAGUUCAGCUGGGAUGCCAAGUGAAAACAGCAAAUCCUCCCAAACUCAAAUACAUAUGGUACAAAGAUGGGCGACCUCUGGACUCUGCUGAUAACUUGCUGACCAUCCAUAAUAUGACUUCAGAGCAUUCCGGCACCUACCAGUGUGAAGCCAAGAAUAGUGUGGGUGCAUCACGCUCCCCAGAUAUCAUGCUGGAUGUUCAUUCCUGAUUUGUAGUGAUUUCAAAGAAGUGGCUUCAGCAGUCAUGAAGUUCCUGGCCACUCUCUUGGGAACAAAGGAUCAGAUCAAUGGCCUGAAGCAGAGGCUGGAUGUAUCUCUAGACAAGAGGCAUGAGAAGAGGCCAUAAAGAAGAGGCAAGCAGGAUUCAAACUCCUUUCUCUUGAAUUUUGAUUCUUCUGCAGUGCUUUCUAUUUUUCUUUCAACUAUUGCCUUGUGUAAACAUCCAUUUUUUACAAGAACGAAUUCUUGAUAAACAUCUCCUUAAAAAGAA